AUGGCCGGAAAAGGAGAAGGUCCAGCGAUCGGAAUCGAUCUCGGUACAACAUACUCUUGCGUCGGCGUGUGGCAGCACGACCGAGUUGAGAUCAUUGCCAAUGAUCAAGGAAACCGUACGACGCCGUCUUAUGUUGCUUUUACCGACAGUGAAAGGUUGAUCGGUGAUGCCGCUAAGAAUCAGGUCGCCAUGAACCCUAUCAACACCGUCUUCGAUGCAAAACGUUUGAUUGGAAGGAGAGUUUCUGAUGCUUCUGUUCAGAGUGAUUUGAAGCAUUGGCCAUUCAAGGUUACUGCUGGUCCUGGUGAUAAGCCUAUGAUUGUGGUUAACUAUAAGGGUGAGGACAAGCAAUUUGCUGCUGAGGAAAUUUCCUCUAUGGUUCUCAUUAAGAUGCGUGAGAUUGCCGAGGCUUAUCUUGGUUCUACCGUGAAGAAUGCUGUUGUAACAGUUCCUGCUUACUUCAAUGACUCACAGCGUCAAGCCACAAAGGAUGCUGGUGCCAUUGCGGGCUUGAAUGUUCUCAGAAUAAUCAAUGAACCUACUGCUGCAGCUAUUGCUUAUGGUCUUGACAAGAAGGCCACAAGUGUUGGUGAGAAGAAUGUGUUAAUCUUUGAUUUGGGAGGUGGUACUUUUGAUGUGUCUCUUCUUACUAUUGAAGAGGGUAUUUUUGAAGUUAAAGCCACUGCUGGGGAUACCCAUCUUGGUGGUGAAGAUUUUGAUAACAGGAUGGUUAACCAUUUUGUUCAAGAGUUUAAGAGGAAGAAUAAGAAGGAUAUUAGUGGUAACCCUAGAGCACUUAGGAGGUUGAGAACUGCUUGUGAGAGGGCGAAGAGAACUCUCUCAUCAACUGCACAAACAACCAUUGAGAUUGAUUCUUUGUACGAGGGUGUUGAUUUUUACACAACAAUCACUCGUGCUAGGUUUGAGGAACUUAACAUGGAUUUAUUCAGGAAGUGUAUGGAGCCUGUGGAGAAGUGUUUGAGGGAUGCUAAGAUGGACAAGAGCACAGUUCAUGAUGUUGUUCUUGUUGGUGGUUCUACUAGGAUUCCCAAAGUUCAGCAGUUGUUGCAGGACUUCUUCAAUGGUAAGGAGCUCUGCAAGAGUAUCAACCCUGAUGAGGCUGUUGCUUAUGGAGCUGCUGUCCAAGCAGCUAUAUUGAGUGGUGAAGGUAAUGAAAAGGUUCAAGACUUGUUGCUUUUGGAUGUCACCCCAUUGUCUCUUGGUUUGGAAACUGCUGGUGGUGUCAUGACUGUGUUGAUUCAAAGGAACACUACAAUUCCAACCAAGAAAGAGCAGGUUUUCUCUACUUACUCAGACAACCAACCUGGUGUCUUGAUCCAAGUAUAUGAAGGUGAGAGAGCAAGAACAAAAGACAACAACUUGUUGGGAAAAUUUGAGCUCUCUGGUAUUCCUCCUGCUCCCCGUGGUGUUCCUCAGAUUACAGUUUGCUUUGACAUUGAUGCCAAUGGUAUCUUGAAUGUCUCUGCUGAGGACAAAACAACCGGGCAGAAGAACAAGAUCACAAUUACUAAUGACAAAGGUAGACUCUCAAAGGAGGAGAUUGAGAAGAUGGUUGAGGAAGCAGAGAAAUACAAGGCAGAAGAUGAGGAGCACAAAAAGAAGGUUGAUGCAAAGAAUGCAUUGGAAAACUAUGCUUACAACAUGAGGAACACGAUUAAAGACGAGAAGAUUGCUUCAAAGCUUUCAGCUGAUGACAAGAAAAAGAUUGAAGAUGCAAUUGAUGCUUCAAUUACUUGGUUGGAUAAUAACCAAUUGGCUGAAGCAGAUGAGUUUGAAGAUAAGAUGAAGGAACUUGAGAGUCUUUGCAAUCCAAUAAUUGCCAAGAUGUACCAAGGUGGAGCUGCUCCUGACAUGGGUGCUGCUGAUGAUGAAGUCCCUCCAGCUGCAGGUGGUGCUGGACCCAAGAUUGAAGAGGUUGACUAA